AUGGCCAGCCUCAAGGCGGAAUUCAGAGUGACUGCUUGCCUGCUUGCCUUCCUGCCUGCUUGCCUUCCUGCCUGCUUGCCUUCCUGCCUGCUUGCCUGGAUUUCCGCCAGCAGCGCGAGUGAGAGAAAUUCCAAUGCCGCCCUCGUCAUUUCCGACGAGCAAACGGGAAACCAGCGAACGGGAUGGCCUCUGGCAACGGACGCCCCUCCCUCUUUCUUGUCUGUGGCGCGCAGUGGUCAGGGACAAUGCCAGAGACCUGCAUAUGGGGAAUCGGCCGGUGCGACGGACAAGAGACUCCCACGGAUCAGCACCGAGCAGGCUGACACCGACAAUCGACAGGCAGCUCUUCUCUGCUCGCGAGAUGAUGUCGACAUGUUCCGGAGAGAAAUGGCCAUGUCUGAUUUCGACAUAUCGGUAUUCCUCAGAGAAAUGUCCAUGCCACUCACUGCGACCUGCUCGGCUCACGAAACGGAUGCAGAGUCCAGACGACGGACCAGCAUCCAGCUGUGA